AUGGGUCAGUCGCAUUCCAAGGGCAACUCCGGCCCUGGCGACUCGUUGCAAUCGUAUCCAUCUUUCUCUCGGUCCGAUACCAAAGAGUCUCUGCGCUCGUUCCGCGGCUCAAUCCGCUCCAAGAUCCGUAGCAGCGAUAGCCCUCGUGCAUCCUUGUCUGGUCUUUCGCAGGAUGACAAGUCGGACGCCGGCUCCAUCAAGUCGGUGGGAAGUAGACGCAGCUCUACCAACAUAAGCGCUCAGUCCCCGGCCGAGGACUCGACUUCUCGACUGGACGCCCCGGAACCUCCUCCUUCGCCUUCCCUCUCCAGCAGUUUGAAGAAGGGCCACAAGGAUGUCAAUGCCAUGAAGCAGAGUGGUGAGGUCGACCUCGUGUCGGAUGCUCCGCCAACGGCAGGCGGCCCUACCGGCUCAACCGCCACCGUCGGGGAAUCGAUUCUCAUCAAGCGGGAGGGCCAGCUGAACCCCAUCUUGGACUUCAUUAUGAAUACCCCCAUGGAUGCUUCCUCCUCUCCUGGAAUGGGCAUGGGUGCUCUCAAGUCGAUCGAUCUGGAUGACAUGAUCACCCGUCUGCUGGAUGCUGGAUAUUCGACCAAGGUCACCAAGACCGUCUGUCUCAAGAAUGCCGAGAUCACGGCAAUCUGUACCGCUGCUCGGGAGCUGUUUCUCAAGCAGCCGGCCCUGCUAGAACUCUCUGCCCCGGUCAAGAUCGUGGGUGAUGUUCACGGCCAGUACACCGAUCUUAUCCGCUUGUUUGAGAUGUGCGGGUUCCCUCCGGCUUCGAACUAUCUGUUCCUCGGCGACUAUGUCGAUCGCGGCAAGCAAAGCCUGGAGACGAUCCUGCUUCUGCUGUGCUAUAAGCUCAAGUACCCCGAGAACUUCUUCCUGUUACGGGGCAACCACGAAUGUGCCAACGUCACCCGUGUGUACGGAUUCUAUGACGAAUGUAAACGGCGCUGCAAUAUCAAGAUCUGGAAGACCUUCAUCGAUACCUUCAACUGCUUACCGAUCGCAUCUAUCGUAGCCGGCAAGAUCUUCUGCGUCCAUGGAGGGCUGUCCCCCAGUCUGUCGCAUAUGGAUGAUAUUCGUGGCAUCGCACGCCCGACUGAUGUUCCUGAUUACGGGUUGCUGAACGAUCUGCUCUGGAGCGAUCCAGCCGAUAUGGAGGAAGAUUGGGAACCGAACGAGCGUGGUGUGAGUUACUGCUUUGGCAAGCAGGUGAUUAUGAACUUUCUGCAACGCCAUGAUUUCGAUUUGGUUUGUCGGGCGCACAUGGUAGUCGAGGAUGGGUACGAGUUCUACCAAGACCGUAUUCUUGUCACUGUUUUUUCGGCUCCUAACUACUGCGGCGAAUUCGAUAACUGGGGCGCUAUCAUGUCCGUUUCCGGGGAACUGCUUUGCAGUUUUGAACUUUUGAAGCCACUGGAUUCGACGGCGCUGAAGAAUCACAUUAAGAAGGGACGGAAGGAGCGAAACAGCAUGUUGAGCAGUCCUCCGGCCACCGUCUCUGCCCAAAGCUACUAG